CAUGAAAUCAUAAAAUCCAUGUUUUGUGCUGCUGACCCCCUGUAACCCACCCCUCGCGCUCUCUCUCUCUCUGAGCUCUGUCUGGCGCCUCCAUCACCGAGCAGUACCCACCAUCUGUAACCCAGUUUGCAGCAUUUAAGUCCUCAAACCGCUCCCAAGUCCCAAUCUCCCAGCUCUUCCUGGACAUUUAUGUUAAACGAUUUGCUGGGACCUGAGUUUGGAAUGAUUAAUUAACGACAACCCAAGAAGAAAUGGAAGGCGGGGUUGUUUUGGGAGUGAAAGAAGAGAAGGGAAAGAAAGGGUUAGAUGGCACAGGUCUGAAUUUGCCAGUCAAUCGCCACGGCAACCUCAGGAGUGCUUCCAGUGAUGAAAACCUCAAGGACAUCUUUCACCAAAUCAGAACUUCCAAAACCCCUGCAGUAAUCAACUAUGGUGCAUCUUGGUGCCGUGUUUGCAGUCAGAUCCUCCCCUCAUUUUGCCAGUUAAGUAACAAGUUCCCAAAGCUUUCUUUUGUAUAUGCUGAUAUUGAUGAAUGCCCGGAAACAACUCAACAUAUUCGUUAUACGCCUACUUUUCAUUUCUACCGAGAUGGUGAAAGGGUUGAUGAGAUGUUCGGUGCUGGAGAAGAGCGGCUACAAGAUCGUCUGUGGUUACACUCUUGAAAACCUACCUCGAGUUUUUCCUUUAAGAACAGAUUUCUUUUGUGAAUAUAUUUGCUAUGAAAAUUCAAUCUGUUGAAUUUAUGUGAAACAAUUACAUUUUGUCAAUGUGUACUAGCCUAAAAGUUCUUUCGGGUUUCAUUCUCAAA